CGAGAGUAUGGCAGCAGAAGCAGCAGCGCUCCUUCCUCCAAACGGAGGCGUCAUCGACCAAUUAAAAGAAGACACCGGCGGUGAGCAUCGAUGUAACCUUUCGUCACACGAGUGGAGCAGCAGGAUGAGCAAAAUGGGGUUGUUUAUUUGUUUAUUCCCACCGCCAUGUCCCUUUAGGGGUUCCGUAGAAACGACAUCAAACAGCGAGUUUUGUAUUAUUAUUUUCCUUGCGCUCGUCAUUAUGGAGACGGCUCCCACAGGACUUGGGGCGAGAGGCCGUUGACACCCUUGACUGGUCGCCACUUAAGGUCGCAAAUAAACGAAAUUUAUUUUGGUUGUUAAAAUGUUGGAAAGAGUUUCCCCACCACUUCCGGACACGUCACAUGACUAAACAAAACGCCCCCAUGGUGAGGAAAAAAACAAAACAAAAAGUGUACUUGCGGUGACUUGAUUCAAUAAGAAAAUUGUAAAGAUAACCACACAACCACACCGACGUUAUUUGUUGACUUUUUCGCGUGUCCUCUUGAUGUUGUAAGAAAAAGGAAAGUCACGUGACUAGUUCCCGUUUGCGCUCCACUUCCGGAUACGUCACAGCUGCCCGCGUCGAAGUUGGUGGAAAAAGCAAAGUUCCCCGAUGUCUUCGUCGUCGGCGCUUCGCUUCUGCGCCAACAUCAGCUGGCUGUUCACCGAGCUGCCGGACUUCCCGCAACGGAUGCGGGCGGCCGCCGAGGCCGGCUUCCGAGCGGUGGAGGCGGCCUGGCCCUACGACGUCGACCCGCUGGAGCUCCGCGCGGCCAAAGAGCUCCACGACCUGGACGUCGUCCUCAUCAACACGCCGCCGGGUCAGGAGACGGGAGACGGAAAACAGAAACAACACCCACUCCGCCUACGUCAUCUUCAUCAUCGUGUGUUGCAGGUGACGUCACAGCGGGAGAGUUGGGCUUGGCGGCGCUACCCGGAAGAGAAGAAGACUUCGAACGAGGACUCAAGGAGGCCGUCCGCUAUGCAGCAGCUCUCGACUGCCAAAGGAUCCACAUUAUGGCCGGCAGGAUUCCGGCGGGAGUCGACGGCGGCCCCGCGCUGCAGGAGAUGGAGGCCGCGUUCGUGCGCAACCUCACCUACGCUGCCGAGCUGCUCUCCGAGGAAUGACCGGCCUGAUCGAGCCCAUCAACACGCGGCUGACCGACGCUCGCUACUUUCUGUCCUCGCCUCACCACGCCGCCGCCAUCUUGAGGAAAGUGGCCAAGGAGAACAUCAAACUGCAAAUGGAUGUUUUCCACUGGCAAAUUAUGGACGGAAACCUGACGCACAACAUUCAGCGAUAUUUGCCGCUGCUGGGUCACGUCCAGGUGGCUCAGGUCCCCGGCAGGAACGAGCCGGACAGCGCCGGCGAGAUCAACUACGACUACGUCUUCUCCACGCUGGAGAGGCUGGGCUACCGAGGAUACGUCGGCUGCGAGUACAAGCCGCUAGGAAGAACGCAGGAAGGUUUGGCUUGGCUCCGAGAUUACCGGACACGCAGGAAGUGACGCUACACGGACAAACCAUGAAAGCGGUGGCCUCGCUGCUAAUGUUGUCUCGUAAAAUGUCAUAUUUGAGAUUGCAUAACUGGUUUUAGUCUGUUUUUGUUCCUUUUAAUAGUGAUUCGCCACAGUCGGUUUCAUGAGAAAACACAAGAAGUGAUUCCAGUCUUGUCUGCUCGAGAACAAGCGCAAAAGGUGUAAAGCCGACUGCCUGCAUUUCCACAAGUAAAUAAGUCCGUUUUUCCCCCCACAACAGUAUUAUGUGUGCAGAGGAAAAAUCUAAUUGGAGAAAGAAUUUGAAACGAUCAUAAAUUGCAGUUGUUGAUUGUUCCUCUCCAGUCCUGUAGGGGGCAAUGUGAUGCACUGCAGAGCAGUUGAAUGAAUGAGAGAAGUCUGAAGGCUUUGGUGGCUUCUCACAAAAAAAAAAAAAGUGCCCCAAAUUCGAUGGUUUCUUCCUUGCCCGUGGCCGGCAAACAAAUUUAGCUCCAAAUGGGUUACGUGGUUUCUGAAUUCUUCUGAUUGAGGCAGGUUUUCGCAAUAAUGACUAAAAAUUCUCCAAAAUUUGACGGUUUCUGCCCGGCAAACAAAUUCUGUAAAAAAAAAAUGGGUUUUGUACUUUCGGAAUGGCAACACGGCCCCGACAUGCUAUUUGAUGGGACUGCAACAUUUACUUUGUAAGCUUCCGUGACAAAAAUGGACGUACGCACAGAAAGGAACCGUCCGUGACAUUUCCGAAAAAUUGCUGUCAUUUUGAAACCGUUUACCGUCCCGUGGCUAAAUGAAAGUUGAUAACGUCAGUCACACCAAAAAAGGAGAACUGAUCAAAUAAUUGUUUGUUGCCUGAUUUAUUUUGCAUUUGUCAGAGCGCAUCAAGUGUCCUCUAUAUACCGUAUACUAUAUUAUAUACAAUAUGCAGCACAUUAACAGUAUACGACUGACACAGUUGAAGAGAGUGCAGUGUUAGACAUCCUUAAGCUCACUGUUUGUGUGUGUUUGGCUAACAGUGACGCUAACCCCCAGCAAAGGGGAAAAACCCCUUGAGAAAUGUCCUUCUCAUCAAGUUUUUGUGACUCGCAAAGUCAAUAAAAAAAAACGGAUAGGCACUUUUGGGCAGCGAAAAGCAAAACAAAAGCUCGGACUGAAAUCUCGGCGCAAACCCCGACGUGGUAGCAAAGUCCGACGCGAGGCACCGAUCAAGCCCAACAUGCCCCCGCGCAGCGACGUCCUGCGCAUGACUGCGACAGAUCCAGCGUCGGCUCCCGGUCACAGAUUCUGUCUUCGCUCUGAACAGGAACGGCGCACAGAAAGUCCAAUAUGCCCUUUGCAGGGACUGUAGGUGUCGCUACGGUGGUCCUGCUGCCCAAUCCAGGGUGCAGUCUGCCUUUGAAGACAGCUGGAUGGAAAGCCUCAAGAGUUUCGUUUCAUUCCAGAGUCCAACUCAGUGUGGGAAUGUCGUGUCCGGGAGCAUUUUUAAGGAAGCAAGGCGACUGCCACGCAUCUCGGGAUCAAGCGUUUGUAGUCUACGGACGCUCAGUGUGAGCGAUUCUGUGCUAACUGGGCAGGACGUCCGU